CUCUCCUUCCCUUGUUCUCCUUGCCCCCCCUUCCCGAACUCACCACCUCCCUCCUUUUCCUCCCCCCACAGCACACAUGCAGGCCAAGAAGCGGUACCUGCUCGUGUCUGUGGGGGCCGGUCUUCUCUUCCUCGUCUACCUGUGGGGUCUGCAAAUCGGGGAGUUCCAGCAGCAGUCAUACCAAUAUCACCAGUUCCCCCAGUACCCUCAGUAUCAUCAGUACCACCAGCAGGAGUACCAGUUCUACCGCCAGAGCCAGGAGGUGUACCAUCCGAGACCUCAGCCUCUGCCCCAGAGAAGCCCGUCUAGACAGCCCAGGCGCUGGCCAGAGUCAACACAGCUGCUGGAGCCGUACCUGGAGGGGGGAGAGCAGGAGGAGGACAGCCCUCAGCUCCAUCACCAGCACACCUCGCCCCGUGAACGGCGGGCGAUCCGCGACAACAUCUACAAGAACAAGCGCUGCCGCAUGGAAACCUGUUUUGACUUUGCUCGCUGCCAGUCGGGCUUCAGGGUUUACAUCUACCCUCCACAGAGAGGCGACGAAAUAUCUGAGACCUACCAGAAGAUCCUGUCGUCCAUCGAGGAGUCUCGCUUCCACACCACAGACCCAUCGAGGGCCUGUCUGUUUAUUCUAGCAGUGGACACCUUGGACAGGGACCAGCUCUCAGCUCAGUACGUUCAGAACGUGAGGUCUCGCAUCCAAAGCCUGCCGACGUGGAACGAUGGCAGGAACCACCUCAUAUUUAACCUCUACUCUGGCACCUGGCCGGACUACACAGAGGAUGUGGGCUUUGAGGUGGGCCAGGCCAUGCUGGCCAAGGCCAGCGCUGAUGUGGUCAACUUCCGACCCAACUUUGAUAUUUCCAUUCCCCUGUUCUCCAAGGAUCACCCGCUAAAAGGAGGGGGCAUAGGUUAUCUGACGCUCAACGACGCCCCUCCUUCCAGGAAGUACCUGCUGGUUUUCAAAGGGAAGCGGUACUUAACUGGCAUUGGUUCAGAGACAAGGAAUGCUCUGUAUCAUGUCCACAAUGGGGAAGAUAUUAUCCUGCUGACCACGUGUAAACAUGGCAAGGACUGGGAGAAACACAAGGACUCUCGCUGUGACAGAGAUAAUGAAGAAUACUCAAAGCUCACGCUGUCAGGCUGAUGCUCUUCACUUCUGCUGCCAACAUGGACUAUUAAGGAGGCUUCCACAGCUGAGCCACCAAAACAACAAGGCAGGAUGCAAUGCAGCUGCAAAAGUCACUGUAUGGUUCCCCACUGCUUUAACAACAAGCAGACACAGUUACUCCUUCACAUCUCGCUCCCUCUGUCACAGUGUGAGGUCCGCUGCCAGUCUUGUAGCGUGACAGCGGGUUGAGAGCGGGUCAUUUCAAGAAAAGAAACGGAUGAAGAGAGAAAGAAGACUUCAAAUCAUGAUAUUCUACAGAAAAUAAAAGAAUAUAUAAGAAAGCUCAGUCAGGCACCACUGACAAAUUAAACAAAUACAUGAGGCUAAUGAACAUCUGUAUGACACUGUGUUACUUUAUUAUAGUUUGUGUUAUAAUGAUAUAUACUUUAAUAAUCUAAUCUGAAGUGUAUGAUGUGUAUGUAUUGCAGAGUCAUCAUUAUAAGCAGAAUUGGAUGAUACAGCUGCCUGUAAUAUUGUUAUCUGUGAAAUGAGGACCAGUGUAAUAUAAUGUAAAAACAAAAUGUAAAAGUGUAGUACCAAGAAGAAAUGCAUAUUUGUGUAAUAUCUUAUAUUCAAAAUAAUGGAGAUGUGACAACAGUCUGAUAGUAUUUAUGAUGCAGUCAUAGGGAUACAGGGUGAGUGGGUUGAUCUCUUUACAUUUUUUAUUGGCUGCUUAUAGCAUCUGUGAUUCCUUGUGUGCAGUUUGUUACCAUUUUGAUGACAGCAUAACCUAUUUUUAUACCUACACUUAUUCAACAUACUGUAUGUAGGUUAUUGAAUGUGUUUCUUUAUUUUAUGUCCUUGUCUUCCCACGUUAAGAAAUACAAUAAUAAAAGGAAGAAACUACAGCAGCAGCAGGCUGAAAGUACAACUUUGAAA